UGUAGAUUGCUUUUCUUUGCCGAUGUCUUCCUUGUUCUAUGAAAUAGUAAACUCUCCAUUAAUUUGGAUAUCAGAGUGCCGCAUAACUUUUGCCAACGCGAAGGAUUAAAAAAUACAUAUAUCCAAGAUCACUGCAUGUGAGGGAGAAGCAUCGGAAGGAGGCAUUUGGUCGGAGGCAGAUUUGUGUGAAUACAUCCAUCCUAUAGCCUCCACGCCCACACAUUUGAGGGGAAACCGCUGCUUCUCACUCGCCUCUUGUUUUGAUCCGUGAAAAACCGAGCGGUGCCUUGCCAUGGCUCUUCUGACCCUGCAUCGUUCGCCGUCCAUCUCCACCGCUCCGGAUGAAAGCAUCCCAAGAAGAGGGAGACUUCAGAAAAGAGAGAGCUUUGCUCUGGUUAAAGGGGCCGUCCUUCUCCUGGAAGAGGGGGAGGGGGAGGGGCCACAUGAAGAGACGUCGCCCAAUCACUCCCCUUCACCCCUGAAGCUGGGGGGCGGAGCUUCAGACACACAGCACAGACAGCUGCACGCCAUGGUGUCACUACUAAGACCAGAGGACACUAUCAAACUGGCGGUGAGGUUGGAGUCAGUGAGUCCAGUCAGGGUACGGUAUCUGAUCAUAGUCUCCACCUUCAGUAACAAACAGGAGAGCAUUCUACUGGGGAUGGACUUCCCCGACACAGACAGAUGUCAGUGUACUAUCGGUCUGGUUGUGCCGGUAUGGAGCGACACACAAGUGUAUCUGGACGGAGAUGGUGGUUUCAGUGUCACAUCGGCAGAAAAGACGAGAAUCUUCAAGCCUGUUUCCAUACAGACUAUGUGGUCAGUGCUGCAGGCGCUGCAUGGCUGCUGCGAGCGGGCAGUGAAGGGGUCAGUGAUCCCAGGCUGUGGGCUGGACUGGGCCCAGUACUACUACGGUCAUGUGGAGUCUGACCGCCUCUGUCUCAACGAGUGGGGAGCCAUGACGGGCCUGGAGUCAGUCAGGAGGGAUAGCGCCGGGCAGAGCUCGACAGAGAGGGUGUCUGUGGAGCGGCAGAUUAAAGAGGAGCUCCGAGACAUCAUGAGAACAGAAGACCUAGAGAAUAUCACCUCCAAACAGGUCCGCAGUGCCCUGGAGACCAGGAUAGGCAUGGACAUGAAGAACUACAAGGAAUACAUCGACAACGAGAUGAUGGUCACCAUGGCGCAGAUGGACAAGCCCUCCAAAAUAUUUGACUACUUGUUCCUGGGCUCUGAGUGGAAUGCUGCCAACUUUGAGGAGCUACAGAAAAACAAUGUGGGCUACAUCCUGAACGUGACGCGGGAGAUUGACAACUUCUUCCCAGAAUCCUUCAGCUACAUGAAUAUCAGAGUGUACGACGUGGAGGCUACAGACCUGCUGUCACACUGGAAAGACACAUACUCCUUCAUCAACACAGCCAGGCAGAGUGGCCAGGCGGUGCUAGUGCACUGUAAGAUGGGCGUGUCUCGCUCUGGUUCCACGGUGGUCGCCUACGCCAUGAAGCAGCAGCGCUGGCCCUUGGAGGUGGCUCUGUCCUAUGUCAGGGAGCGCAGGCCCAUCGUCCAGCCCAACGACGGCUUCAUGAAGCAGCUCCACACCUACAGCGGCAUCCUCAACGCCAGUCAGCAGCGCCACAGCGCUCUCUGGAGGUGGAAGUCACGGGCAGAGAAGGAGCAGCGAAAGAUUGAGAGAGCGCAGUCUGCUGCUUCACACAACAAUGAGGAGGAAGAGGAGGAGGAGAGCGAGGAGGAGGAAGAAGAAGAAGAGUUAGAGAGUCCAGAUGAAGUUGAUGAGGCAGAUAUAGAGAUGAAGGUACUUGAAGAGCCUGCCCACAAGUCUGAGACUAACCCAGAAGCUCCACCCACAGAACCGGCUGCUCCAUCCACAGAACCGUCUGUACCCAAUCCCUUCAUCACUGUACAGGUGGCUUCUCACAGCCCCAGUCGCAGUGGCAGGAUGAACCUCUUCUCUCUCAUGCAGUCCAUCAACGAACUGGAAGACGAGGACCUAAGGAAUGAACAGAUUGCCAACAGUCACCGGAGGUCUCCAGGGCAACGGAGGCGGAGUUAUAGACGGAAAGGCCUCAUGCAUCAGAGGGCCCAUGUGGACGUUUCACCUGAGCCAAGCCGCCUAUCGGGACUCAGAAAACUGGAAGGGGCGGGGCCAAGCAAACCUGAGACCGGGGAAGGAGAUGCCAAGACAACGGAGGUGCGGUAAAGAGGAACAGAAGACGAGGCGGCGGGGGAAGGGAUGGAGAAUGAGAAGCCUAGAGGAGACACUAAUAGGAAGAGAUGAAAUGUUCUGCCCACUUUCAAGCUAUAAACAUGAAAGAAUUACCCUAAUAUAGUUCUAUACAUCAGACCUUAAGACUCCAACUAUCAUCGUUAUAUUAUAGAUUUUUUAACAGUCAUGCCUUUUGCACAGUAUUUCCUGUUUUGGUUCUUUCAAUGUAGUGGUCACCAACCGAUCGAUCACGAUUGACUGGCUGAUCUCCAAGCCAUUCUAGUCGAUCACCAAACACUGUAAAAAAAAAACACACACAAAAAAAACAACGAUAAGGCCUUGGAUUCCCCUUUUCUUUUCAUUGUUCUUUGUUUUCUCUCCCUCUAGCACUUUUGACAGUAGGUGCACUUGGAAGGUAAAGUGUUCAUAUUUUUAACCAUUUCGGGAAGGUAAAGUGUUCACAUUUUUAAUCAUUUCAUGUGUCUGAAGGUAGAACUCCACUUACUCUGCCGGCCCAGAGAGCAAAUCAAGUGCAGCUAUAGGCCUACCGCUGGCCAAUCGUAUAGCUCAGAUCACCGUGUCUGCAGUGUCCUCGCGCCACAGACUGUAAGAAGAAGCCUCGAACCCACAGCAAAGUUGAUCAUGUUGAGAUUUAAAAACGUUUAAAACCAUGACUAAAGGGACUCAACGAAUACAGCAAAGAGCUGCUGUUAGAAUGUGUAUGGGCUCAUUGUAAUGGAAUAAAUGGAAUGGUAUCAAACACAUGGAAAACAAAUGUUUGACUCUGUUCCAUUCCAGCCGUUACAAUGAGCCCAUACUCCCAUAGCUCCUUCCACCAGCCUCCACUGCUGUCAACACUUUGUUCAACCGUUUUAUAAGUCAUAAAAAUGCGUGUUUCGAUAAGCUUGCGUUAUUUUCUGCUCGUCCUUUUUAAUAUAUAGGAAUAUUUCACUUUCUCUGGUCAACAUGAAUUGGUGCUUGAGGCUGAAAUAAUGCAGUGCGACUAAAAUUUCCCAUCAGAUGGAUUAAGACUGUCCCUCUUUCUCAGCGACGAGAGGGUACACUGCUCCCGUCCUCCCCUCAGACUAACCAUCAGUCCAGUAAAAAAAAAAAUAUAUAUAUAUAAUGCUCACUCAGCUGUGCCUCAAGUAAUACAACAAAUGAUAUAUUACCAGUGUGAUCAUAUACCUACAAUGUUGAAAUAUAAUUUUAAAAAUGGUCUGAGAAGAAUAACAUUGGCUGGGCAAUUCAAGGGUCGGCAAUAUGCAGUGAUAAUGUUUUGGGCCUAUAGCCUACUGCACAAACUUCAUUGCUAUAGAACUGUGUUUAAUUGGUUGUUGCAUAGGCUUAUUUUUGUUUUGUUUUCAUCUGAGCGGUAGAUCUUGGCUUGCAUUUUGACUCCAAAGGUUGGUGACCUGUGUUUGUGUAUCACUGUUCACCAAACCAUUUCCACGCAAUUGGUAGUGAUGGCUCAUUGUUUUAAUGUCACUGCAGUAUUACGACACCAAUAUGUGUCUGACAAAAAUGUUGUAUUUCUGGUUAAGACUUACCUACGGUCCAUAGAAGUUGUAAUGUGUGUACAUUUUUCUUCUGCAUUUCAGUACGUAUCAUACCACAUGCAUAUGUGGUGUUUGCCCGCCCUCUCUCUCCUCACGGCACAUCAGUGGUUUAAUGAUAUCUAUGCAAUGAUUCCUUAAAUUCACAGAGAAGACAGAUGGUAGAGGCUGUAUGCUGCCAGUUGGGAUUGUUAUUGUAUGCAUUAAGUGCCAUUCUCUAUUCCUUUAUUGGAUUUUUAAUUACGCACAUACCUGAUCUUUUUAUCGUUUCUGGUAAUGCAUACGGGCCCAAUGAAAAGUGUUCUCGGAUGUUUCAAAAUAGCGGGACAUUCAAAAGUAUUAACUAGGAGAUAUAAUAUUGAGUGACUGUUGUAAACUGUUAUUCUGGACUAAUCCAAGGGCACCAAACUGUAUGCCAGUGUGUUCCUCUGUGCCAAUCAACUUUGUCCUUGAGUUCAUCUCAAGACGACAUAUUUACUUAGGAUCUUUCGAAAACUUCUACCGUUUAAAAAAAAAAAUCUCGGGUGUUCAAUUUAUUUGGUGUGUUUAUUUCUUUGUCACACUGUCAUUCCACAAAUAGCCUUGCUGUAUGAGUGCCUUGGACGUGGGACCAAAAUAACAGUUCUUUCCCGAAAGACCCUAAAUGAAAGUAUUUAUAUCUACUGUAUAUUGCUAUUUGAGGUGGUGGCAUUAUUUCAUAUUGAUUAAAUGUAUUUAGUUUUGUUCUUUGACUGGGAUGAUGUUAUUGUGCAGUAUGUAGCUACUUGCAUUGAAUGUGUUCUUGUGUGUAUGCUCUGGCUUUGCUGAUUAUGACCAGGUUCAUGCCAUCCAUGUUUUGAACUUUGGGGGGUGUCUAGGGUAGUUUCUUUUUUUUGUAUGAAUAUUUAUCUAUUUGGGACUUUUUGAGAGGAUCAAGGUAGAUUCAGCAUUAUGUUGUUUCUGAACUUUCCGCAGUUCACUGGAUGGACCUUCUGUUCUUUAUCCUGGCUUCUGUAUAGAUCCAAUUUUUUUUUUGUAUGUAUUCAGCUGGCCUUGAUUUGUAUAUUCACAGCUGGCCUUGAUUUGUAUAUUCACCAAUGAUGUUUACACAUUUUUAGGUUGAGCACACUUUCUAUACUCACAAUUAAACCAUCAUAACAGGUUUCCACCACCACAUCAUGCCAUUGACACUGCCUGAGCCAAUCUCUGCUGUUCUAAGAUCAAAUAGAUAAAUGACCUGUAUCUCAUCUAUGGCUGCGUUUACAGCUAUACUGUUUGAGUGAAUUAAUAAAUGAUUACUGAAACCAUG